AGUGAAUUCAAAUAAUUUAAAAGUGAGGUUGUGAUUUCAGAGGGCCCCAAAAAGAUCGAAAAAAGUUUCUUAUUGCAUUUAUAUUGUUAUUGUUUAUAAUUAUAUACAAACCAGGCCUUUAAUCCAUUGAAUUCUAAUUGUGAUAUCCUGUAUUUGACAUAACACAUUCCAAUAAACCAAGAGAUCAAUAAUUACCUAAGUUUAAUUUUUGGUAACUAACAGUUUUUCUUAUUUGUUUUAAUUAUUUAUGAUGAUGGCAGGCCUGUUUUUGGGUUCUAAGGCUUCGUGCCAAGAGGGUGGUGGAUACCUAAAACGUGCCUCCCCAUCGCAAUUGCAAGAAAUCUUCAACAAGUAUGCAUCCGUGGAAAAGAAUGGCGAAAAAUUUAUGACCCCCAACGAUUUCGUCAUUAAAUAUUUGGGCCUUUUGAACGAGAAAGACUACAAUGCGGACACCGUCCGACUUUUGGGCGGCAUCGUCGACACCAGCAAAGACGGUCUCAUAUCUUAUCCGGAAUUUCAGGCUUUCGAGGGGCUGUUAUGUUUUCCUGACGCCCUUUACAAAACCGCUUUUCAACUGUUUGACACUAAUGGAAACGGAAUGGUCAGUUUUCCGGAAUUCGUCGAAGUAAUGAAAAAAACCGAGCUACAUCAGCGCAUUCCGUUCAACAUGGAAUCCCCGUUUGUUCAAUUGUACUUUGGUAAGCAAAAACAACGGUUGGUUACUUACCACGAGUUCAGUCAGUUCCUCCAUGAUUUCCACGAGGAAUACGCCAUCGAAGGAUUCAAGAGAGCGGACAAAGACGGCUCCGGAUUCAUUUCGCUACUCGAUUUUCAAGACAUUAUGAUUAGUAUUAAAAGCCAUUUGCUUACCAAGCAAGUACAAGCGCAUCUUAUCGAAGCCGUCCAAGGAGAAACCCAAAGCAAACGAGUCAGUUUUCCAUACUUUAUUGCCUUUAAUGCUUUACUAAACAAUAUGGAAUUGGUAAAACGCAUUUAUUUGAACGUAACUAACGGUCAUAGAACUCAGGAAGUCAGUAAGGAGGAAUUCAUGCAUUCCGCCCAGGCCAUGUCCCAGAUGACUCCCCUCGAAGUAGAGAUUUUAUUUCACCUUAUGGACGUUUUACAUCAAACAGGGCGCAUCGUGUAUAAUGACCUCUAUGCCAUAGCUCCUGAACCGUAUUUUAAACAAAUUACUAGUAGAUUAGCGGAAAUUCAUGCUGUUUCGAGUCCAGAGGAACGGGGAGUGGUUAUACAAAUCCUCGAAAGCGUCUAUCGUUUUUCUUUAGGUUCAGUGGCCGGAGCGGUGGGAGCUACGGCCGUCUACCCUAUCGAUCUGGUUAAAACCAGAAUGCAGAACCAACGCACGGGGUCUUUGGUGGGCGAAUUGAUGUACAGAAACAGCAUUGAUUGUUUCAAAAAGGUUGUUAGACACGAGGGUGUCUUCGGUUUAUAUCGAGGAUUAGUGCCGCAACUGUUGGGAGUCGCUCCGGAAAAAGCCAUCAAGCUCACUGUAAACGAUUUGGUGAGAGAUAAAUUAACGGAUAAAAACGGUCGCAUACCUUUAUGGGGUGAAAUUCUGUCUGGUGGCUGCGCAGGCGGUUCCCAAGUGGUAUUUACAAAUCCGUUGGAAAUCGUGAAAAUCCGGCUGCAAGUGGCCGGAGAAAUCGCCGUGGGAUCGAAAGUUCGCGCUUGGACUGUAGUCAAAGAACUGGGAUUGUUCGGGCUGUACAAAGGAGCCCGAGCGUGUCUUUUGAGAGACGUGCCUUUUAGCGCCAUCUACUUUCCCGCUUACGCACAUACCAAAGCAAGUUUGGCGGACGAGAAUGGCUAUAACCACCCGAUGACGUUACUGCUAGCCGGUGCAAUCGCGGGUAUUCCUGCGGCUUCAUUGGUCACCCCAGCUGAUGUCAUCAAGACCCGCCUCCAGGUGGUCGCCAGGGCUGGACAAACGACGUACAGUGGCGUAUUGGAUGCCACCAGGAAAAUUUACAAAGAAGAAGGAUUCAGAGCAUUCUGGAAAGGAUCUAUCGCUCGUGUAUGCAGAUCGUCACCUCAAUUUGGUGUGACUUUAGUUACAUAUGAACUGUUACAGAGGUUGUUAUAUGUUGAUUUCGGAGGAAGUCGUCCCUCGGGAUCGGAACUAAAAGUGGCCUCCUUAGCCGGUGAUAAACCAAGUACAAAUCCGGACCAUAUCGGUGGUUAUUCCGUUUCCGUGCCUAUUUUCUCAGGAAUCGAAUCAAAGUUCGGCUUAUGUUUGCCGAAAUUUUCUUAUCCGACGAUAAAACAAUAAUUUCACCUUAUCUUAGAAACAUUUUGUUAUACUAUAUAUUGUGAGAUUAGUAUAAAAAUGAUGAAGAACGACAACAAACGUAAUAGGAGAUUUUUUGACCGAAUUAACUUUAUUAAAGGCAGGCACUGUGAUAAUAUUCAUAAAUAUAUUAUUGUAAUUCUAUACGUAAACUUUAUAUUUCUUUAUUGGAAACAUUUUCUUUUGCAUUUUUUUUUGUCAGGGGUUCCACCUUCGUACAUUCUACUACGUAAUUUUACAUUUUUUUCUUCAAAGUUUGCUAUGUCGGACCUUUAUUGUUAUGAUAUUGAGCGAUUGUAAUUAAAUAUUAGUUAUUGUUUUACCAAAAA